CUUGCUCUCGACGCCCAUCUCGACCUCACAUUAACCUUGCUAUCGGUCUUGGUCUCAGUCUCGCGUACUCUGCAUCCAAUAUACCCCUUCUCUGAAUUUCCGCCCCUGCGAAUGCACCAGCCAUGAUUCGCUUCAUCCUCGUCCAGAACCGCCAGGGGAAGACCCGCCUCUCCAAAUGGUACGUCCCAUAUGAUGAUGACGAGAAGGUCCGCUUGAGGGGAGAGGUGCACCGGCUGGUCGCACCGCGCGACCAGAAGUACCAGUCGAACUUCGUCGAGUUCCGGAACCACAAGGUCGUGUACCGCCGCUACGCGGGCCUGUUCUUCUGCGUAUGUGUUGACGCGGACGACAACGAGCUCGCAUACCUGGAGGCCAUCCACCUCUUUGUUGAGGUUCUCGACUCGUUCUUCGACAACGUGUGCGAGCUCGACCUCGUCUUCAACUUCUACAAGGUUUAUGCGAUCCUUGACGAGGUAUUCCUCGCGGGUGAGGUCGAAGAGACAAGUAAGGAUGUCGUACUGGCAAGGUUGGAAGAACUGGAAAAGCUUGAGUAGCCGUGCUGUACCAUGUUUUUCCGUUGGUUACCAGGACAUAACUCUGUUUAUUUGACAAGUGGCAGUCAUUGGAACUGUCCAUACGCGCAACACCAGCCCCUUGGCUGGUACUCUAUACUUCGCG